AUGACUCUUUAUGGGAGGUCUUCUAGGGUGUUCGUCAAUCGCUCACUUCGUAUGGAGAAAAUCAACUAUUUCGGGUUCGAUAUGGAUUAUACUCUUGUCCAGUAUAAAUCACCUGAUCUCGAAAUCCUAGCUUUUGAACUUGCUGUGGAGCGUCUUAUUGCUAUCGGGUACCCGGAAGAAAUUCGAAAGUUCAAAUAUGAUCCAAUCUUUCCGGUUCGAGGUCUUUGGUUCGAUUACGCCUAUGGCAAUUUGCUGAAAGUUGAUGGUUUUGGAAAUAUCUUGGUUGGCAUGCACGGGUUCAAAUUCCUGAAGACGUCAGAAAUUGAAGAAAUCUAUCCGAACAAGUAUCUUCAGUUGUCUGAAUCGCGAGUAUUCGUGCUGAAUACGCUUUUCAAUUUGCCCGAAACACAUCUGCUAGCCUAUCUCAUCGACUUUUUCGACAGCCAUCCCGACUAUACGGCGCUCGAGGAUAAGACCGGAGUUCGAGGUGGCGAUGUGUUGAUGUCAUACAAGUCCAUAUUCCAUGAUUGUCGAAGUGCUUUGGACUGGGUUCAUCUCGAGAGCGACAUGAAGGAGAUGAUUAUGCAAAACAUGGAGAAGUAUGUGGUCCGUGAAGAACGUGCACGUAUAUUGCUUCAGCAAUUACGUGAAGCUGGACGACAGACAUUUUUGCUUACAAACAGUGACUAUAGAUAUACAGAUAGAAUGAUGUCAUUUGUUCUGGGCGAUGACUGGCGAUCGUUCUUCAAUAUUACCGUAGUGGAUGCUAAAAAACCGAUGUGGUUUGCUGAAGGAACGGUCUUCCGCAAGGUAGGUUUAGAUUCUGCCUAA